AUGCCCCGACAAGUCCGAUUCGCUUCCGGCUCGCGUUACCAAGGUCCGAUCAGUUUGGUCCUCUUUUUGCGAAGACCGGAUCGUCAGCCAAUCGGCUUUUCAGCCAUUUUCUGAACCCUACCCGUCCCAGCCUCAGCAAGGUCUCAAGCAGAAACGGAAUUCUUCUCUAGUCGAAAUUGAAAAAUUUUACACCACAAAAGUCACGGUUUUUGUGCUUUCUUCAUUCAAAAUUCAACAUAAAGUAUGAAACAGGUGAAAAGAAUUUUUUAUUCAUUGAAAAUUUUUCAGCUAGAAUGAAAAAAAUUAUUUACUUGAAGCCGGGCCGGCCCAGUCUGCCGCACAAUAUACAUAGAUUAAUUGCAAUAUGUAACAAGAAAAAUCAAAAGGAAAAAUAACAGUUCUCAAAACAACAGCUUUCAAAAAGAAAGUUAUAGAAUACCAGGAAAGGAAGGCAAUUUUCAAAAAGAACAAGAUAGGUCUUCUAGUGAGACAAAGAAAAAAAAAGUAAAAAAAAAGGAAGUUCCAUUCUAUUGUUAUCCCUGAAUUCCCAAUUUUCCUUUUGUUUUGUGAAAAUUUUAUUCUUUUGUUACAAGGCGUUCUUCUUCUUCAAGAACCAUUUAAAAAACUUAACUUUCCUAGGUUUUCGAAAAACUGAAUGGAGGUGAGAAGGAAGAAAGGCUCCAGAAAGAGCGCGGAAUGGAAUUCACAGCGCAGCCAGGACGUCGCGCUGUUUUCAGGACGAGCGUCGUUUUUUUGAGGCAGCCGCCGUCUUGGAUUUCUGAAAUCGGCAUCCCGUGGGGCUUCGCUAAAGUUGUGGCAAUUAUUCGACGGCGACUUUUGCUCCUUGAUAUGUGGAGGGUCUCCAAAAUGCUAACUGAAGUUUCUUCUCGAAGAGAAAUGGGUUAUUAUUAGUUCUGUCUUUGAUUUUUCCGUCGAAGAAAUACAUAUGCCGUUCUGGUUUCCCAUGAAACAAGCCGGAAUACUACUGAGGCAAAAAAAAUACUAAAGCUGUGCUUUAUCAGCCACUUAAGGGGUUAAAAAAGAGAGGCCAUGAUAGAGGUCUAAGUGCUAACAUUAGACCACUAAAAAUUUUAGUGGCCACUUUAGAGGUCAAUGGAUCAAUAACUGGUCCAAUCUGUUUGUUUUAAAAUUAUCAGAGUUACUGGAAGGAAUACUGGAUGAAAGGGAUACUGGAUAAAAACUACUGAAGUGGCCCCUAAAUAGAAAACCUCUAUAGUGGCCAAUAAAACGGAAAAUAAUGGUCACUAUAGAGGUGGGUUUAAUGGCGACUUUAGUGUCCUCUCCAAGUAGUGGCGAGCCUCUAUAGUGGCCACUAAAGAUUUUCCGAGUACAUUAGUUUUUAUCAUCAUCAUUGACGGAAAGAAAGUUUUUGAAAAGCCCAAGUUUUAUAUGGAAUCAAGAAUGACAAGCUCAAACAUAUCGAAAAAAAAAAGAAAAAAAAGAAUAUAAAAAGAGGAAGAGCAGAUUCUACAACUACGUCAGAAUGAUCUGUUUUUUGUCAGGCUGCGUGAUUUGAUUGCGAUUGUUGGGACUGACAACAAGGAGCCACGGAAAGCGGCGUUAAUUGCGUCGCUUCUUUCCCAUGCCCUUAUCCUCUUCGACACCACCCAUCGUAGCGUUGGAGGAUUUUCUCCCGGCUCAGAGACCGGAAGCGUCAACUGCAAUCUAUAG